CGCAAACCGAAGAAACAUGAACACCUACAUUGCUUUGUCUUGCUUGUUGGCCUUCGCCACCGUGUGCCAUGGUUACGGCGGCGUCGCUCUCAGUUAUGGUUUGGCACCGGCAGCAGUGUCCACUGCUAACGUGGUGAAGGCAGCGCCUAUCCCAGUGAUCAGGACAGUAGCUGCUCCGAUCAUUUCUGCUCCCGUCAUCUCUGCUCCGGUCAUCCACGCGCCUGUGGCUCCCGUGAUCCGCACCGUAGCAGUCGCCUCGCCCGUUAGCAUUAGCUACGGUGGCUUGGGAACUGGCUACGGCGGCCUCGGGCUUGGCUAUGGCUAUGGCGGACUUGGCUAUGGCUAUGGCGGACUUGGCUAUGGCGGGUAUGGAGCCAUCGGAGUUGGCCCCGUCGGCUAUGGUCCCAUCGGCCUUGGCAUCAACAAAGGCCUGGGAUUGAGUUUGGGCAAGUACUAAGCUGUGAUACCAGACCGGCGAAGUGUAGUUAGCGGCUGCAGUUCAAAAUUUAUUGACUGAUAAAAAUUGGUUGAAGCACACGAUUAAAAGCAUUCACU